AAACAGUGUAAAAAUAAGUACAAGUCUAUUGUAGGUUACUUUGCAUCCAUAUGUCAGACACUAAAACCAACAUGGGGCACCAAAGGUUUACGUGACGUGACGCAUUGCUGGGGACAACGUACCAUGGCAGGGACUGCCCACAGUAGGCCCAGAUGGAGACAUCUAAGAUGCCCAGCUCCUUGUAAAAGAGGAUGCUAUCUGGGAGCCUGGGAAGUAGGAGACACAUCCCUUCAGUGGACCCUUCAUCUGAAAUAAGGGAUUGCCUGCAGUAGGCCAGGAUGGAGACAUCUCAGUAACCCCAGCAAGCUCUUUGUAAAAAACAGUUGUUCCCAUUUCUCCUAACCUUAGCCCUGGACAACUGCUGUAGAGAUUUCAUUUGUGAGUGACUGCUUUUCAGUUGGCCUUGGUGUGCAUAUUUAUUCUAUUAUAUCUGACUUUCCUACUUCUUUCUCCUUCUGCUCUGCUGAAUUCUGUGAAACUAGAUGUUCCUUGAUGAUUCUUAAACAAUUAAAAAUUGAGGCAUAAGGGCAUAUAGCACAGUACAGUCUGAAUGGCCCAAGUGCAUGCUGUGUGUCCUCAUCUUGGAAACAAUGCGAUAACUGCACAAUGGUAGUUUCAGAUUAACGCUUUACUUGCAAAGAAAGUUUGAAGAAAUUAUUAGAAAAUUAAUUAGAGCCCAUAUUAGAGUCCCAAGAAAGGAAAAAAACAAUUGAAUUUCUGAAAUAAGUUUUGCACAAUGUUUGAGAGUGGUUUCUGGAUAAACAAGUAUAGAAUACACAAAAUUAUAUACAAGUAAAACUAAGUUAAAACACUGGGACUCGAGUCAUUUUGUGCAAUGCACAGAAGCAGAAGGCUAGCAGAACUACUGAGUUAAGGGGUAACUUGAUUCUUUCUGGCCACUGCUCGGCAGCUUGGCCCAUGUCACUUAUCAUUAGAGCGUCACAGGAAAAUGCAAGUAGCUGUCCUCAGAGCUCUGAGCUCUGAAGUACAAUAAAUCAAAAGCUAAAGAUUAAAUAAUGGUAUCCCUGCUUCCAGUUGAGAACUCCGAUCCUGUGUCGAGGCUGGACCCCAGCAGCACUUGGCUCACUCCUACAGUCUGGUUUAAGCUCGCCAGGUCCUGUCUCACAGGGGGACACUUUAUCUUCUUUAAAGCUAAUUACUUGUGCUGACUCAGUAGAACCUCGCUGCUUCUUCUGGACUGAGCCACUGCUGCUGCUGAUUCGUGUUGGAUGACACUAUUGAACUGGAUUGCUGAUAUCCUGACAACAAAGUUUGAAAUAGCCCAAAGAACUUCUAAACCAGUCCACAACCCCCAUUUCCUAUUAAACAUUUUUUCCCUCUUCUUCUGGUAGUCUGUUUAUAUAGUGCAUUGCAUUUAUCGAUUUAUAUAUGUUGAAUUCUUCCCUGUAACUAUGGGAUAAAGCCUACUUGAUCAUGUCCUCCAAGGUCGGUUUUACACCAGCUUGGGCUUGCCAGUAAGACACUCCCCUUCUGCAUACUAUAAAGGCAACAGCUGGCUCUAAGCACUUCCUCCUCAUUCAGCCUGCAAGUGGAGCCAGUGCUGUUAAACAAGAGCCUUCACCAUGGAGCAGCUGAGCUCAGCCAACACCCUCUUCGCUUUGGAACUGUUCCACACCCUGAAUGAGAGCAACCCCACAGGAAACAUCUUCUUCUCUCCCUUCAGCAUUUCUUCUGCUUUGGCCAUGGUCACUCUGGGGGCCAAAGGCGGCACUGCAGCCCAGCUCUCUAAGACUCUGCAUUUCGACUCUGUUGAGGAUAUCCAUUCACAGUUUCAAAGCCUGAAUGCUGAAGUGAGCAAGCGUGGAGCAUCCCACACUCUGAAACUUGCUAACAGACUGUAUGGAGAGAAAACCUACAAUUUCCUUCCUGAGUACUUGACUUCAACCCAGAAAAUGUAUGGUGCUGACUUAGCCCCUGUGGAUUUUCAGCAUGCCUCUGAGGAUGCAAGGAAGGAGAUAAACCAGUGGGUCAAAGGUCAGACAGAAGGGAAAAUCUCAGAGCUGUUGGCUGUAGGUGUGGUGGACAGCAUGACCAAACUUGUGCUAGUGAAUGCCAUCUACUUCAAGGGAAUGUGGCAGGAGAAAUUUAUGAAACAAGACACAACAGAUGCUCCAUUCAGACUGAAUAAGAAAGACACAAAAACAGUGAAGAUGAUGUAUCAAAAGAAAAAAUUUCCAUUCGGUUACAUUUCUGACCUGAAGUGCAAGGUGCUGGAGAUGCCGUACCAGGGUGAAGAACUUAGCAUGGUCAUUCUGCUGCCUGAAGACAUUGAGGAUGAGUCCAUGGGUCUUAAGAAGAUUGAGGAGCAAAUAACUUUGGAAAAACUGCGUGAAUGGACCAAACCUGAGAACUUGGAAAACAUUGAUGUCCAUGUCAAAUUGCCCCGGUUCAAGAUAGAAGAGAGCUACACCCUCAACUCUCACCUGGGCCGCCUGGGAUUGAAGGAUCUCUUUAGCAGUAGCAAAGCUGAUCUGUCUGGCAUGUCAGGAUCCAGAGAUCUUUUCAUAUCAAAAAUUGUCCACAAAUCCUUUGUGGAAGUGAAUGAGGAAGGAACAGAGGCAGCCGCUGCCACAGCAGGCAUUGCUACGUUCUGCAUGUUGAUGCCUGAGGAAGAAUUCACAGUGGACCAUCCAUUCCUUUUCUUUAUUCGGCACAACCCCACAUCUAAUGUGCUCUUCCUUGGUAGGGUGUAUUCCCCAUAGAAGAAGGAGACUUUACAGAUACAAGGCAGAGCUUAGAGUUUUGUUCCCUGAGGUUUUAAUAGUGAUUAUUUUCAAUUUUACUUGACAAUAAAACCUCUAACCAGAA